AUGAGCGAUACCCACGCUGCCGUCUCCAGCGCCGCCAUGGCCGCCAUCGGCGCAUCGGCGGCCAUCCCCAGCUCCGUCUCGACGGCUCCCAUCGGCUCGUCUGCACCAUCGGCGCCCUCCUUCAGCUUCUCCACGACGGCCGCCAUCGGUUCGUCCUCGUCAGGGCCCAUCUUCACCGACGCCAACACCAUGGCCCUCUUCAACGCGGCCGCCCACGCCGCGGCUGCUUCCUCGUCGUCCACGACUAGCGCGACACACGGCGUCAACAUCAAAAGUCUGGUGCCGAUCACCCUCGACAUGCAGUCUCACUGCUACCGUCGCUGGCGCAACCUCUUCCACAUCGUCCUCGGCCGGUUCAAUCUUCGCCACCAUGUCGACGUCAACAAUCCCCUCCCCAAUGAUCCAACCUGGGCCCAGGAGGACCUCACGGUUCUCAUGUGGAUCCAUGCUACCCUCGGUGACGACCUGAUGGAUAUGGUGAUGGAACCGAACCCCACGGCCUUCUCUGCGUGGGACAAGAUCCGGAACUUCUUCACCGACAACAAACCAAGCCGUGCCGUGCAUCUGGAGGCCGAGUUCCACGGCCUCAAACAAGGUGAUCUAUCUGCCUCUGCCUAUUGUCACAAGUUGAAAACUCUUGCGGAUGCCCUGGCCGACUGCGAUCAGCCGGUCGGGGAUCGCGCUCUCGUGCACCAGCUCAUCCGCGGCCUCAACCGGGAGAAGUUCGGCACCAUGAAGACACUCCUUCCCGUGCUUCCUCAGUUCCCAACCUUCAUGCAAGCACGCAGUUACCUGAUCAUGGAAGAGAACUCCUACGCCGAGUCCAACCCGCCGUCGUCCACUGACACGGCUCUUGUUGCCACUGAUGGCAUCACGAGCUCCAACGACUCCCCCGGCGCACGCCACGACUCUGGCAGCCGCGGCUCCUCCAACAACUCCAACCGCGGCGGCCGUGGUCGUGGUGGCGGGCGUGGCCGUGGCCGAGGCCGCGGUGGCGGUGGCCGCGGUCAGAACAACGGCGGCAACAACGGCGGCCGCGACAACAAUCAGCAGUACUGGGUGCCUCCAUACUAUCCAUGGAGUGCCCCGUACAACACCGGCUCUUGGCGUGCACCGUGGACGGGUGCCACUGGCCCCGGUGUCCUCGGAAGAGGCCCCUCCAACAAUGCUGCUGGUCAAGCCUUCCCUGCCUUCCAGCAGCCAUCAACCAUGUUGCCGCACCGUCAUGGGACACCAACAGCCUCAUCGCAGCUCUCCACGCCGCAUCUCUUCAACAACCAUCCGGCGAUGGUGGCUGGUACAUGGACACUGGUGCAAGCUCACAUAUGA